AUGCAGCACGCCGACACGACUUUUGACCUCAUUGGGCUCGGCUUCGGUCCCGCCAAUAUUGCGAUUGGUGGAGCUCUAGUAGAAGGCUGGAAUUCGUGUCGUCAAGACUAUCCUAUCAAAAAAGUUCUGUUCGUCGAGAAGCAUGCAAAGUUCCAAUGGCACCCCGGAAUGCUCCUUCCCGGUGCUCGUAUGCAGAUCAGUUUCAUGAAGGAUCUCGCUACUCUGCGUUCUCCGCAGUCUCCCAUCACUUUCUUAUCAUACCUCCACAGCCAGAACCGUUUGAUCAACUUUAUUAAUCGUGGUUCCACUAUCCCCACGCGAAAGGAGUAUGCAGAUUAUCUGUCAUGGGCUGCCCACUAUGUCCAAGACCACGGUGUCUCAGUCUUGUUUGGUACAGAGGUAGUCGGCGUUGACUCUGCAUCUGACGGUCUUCUCGUCGUUCACGCCAAAAACGUUGCCAGUGGCGAAGUCACGUCGUACACGACUCGCAACCUGAUAAUCUCACCUGGUGGAACUGGCCGCGUCCCAGUGCCCCUCGUACCCCUCAUCGAGCAUCCUCUCGUUAUCCAUAGCUCGACUUAUCUGAUGUCUGUUGACUCUAUCAUCGCUUCAAUUGCUGCCAAGGGAAAAGGAAGUCUUCGUGUCGCUGUCAUUGGGGCGGGUCAAUCCGCCGCUGAAGUUACUCUCAACCUGCGAGAGAGACUGACGAGCAUACCUGCACCGGCCGGGAGACACCAAAUCGAUAUGAUCAUCCGCAAGGGUGCCUUGAGGCCCAGCGAUGAUACCCCAUUCGCUAACGAAAUUUUUGAUCCCCAAGCCACUGAUGCGUGGUUUUCUCAUCCAUCAAAUGCUUCUCGCACUACGCAGCUUCAAGAAUUCAAAAGCACAAAUUACAGCGUGAUCAAUUCUCUUACCCUUGAGGCACUCUACGAGGUCAUCUAUGGCCAAAAGGUGGAUGGUGACAUCGCACGCCGAACCAACGGUCCAACUUCUUCUAUUCCUCUAAUUCACAUCCGACCCUAUUCCUGCAUCGUUGCUGCCCACGCGCCCGAAGACAAUGGUGACCCUGAUUUCACCUUCACCAUCCAGCAUGUUCUUUCCUGUGAGUUAGAAACAGAAAAAUAUGACGCGAUUAUCUGCGCUACAGGCUACCAACGAACGUCCUGGAUCGACCUCUUAAAAAAUUCCAGCGUCGGUAAGCACUUUGGCUUAUCCCCCGCAUGUCAACCGGGUACUUGCCAGCCUCAUUCCGGACACAAAGAGGUCGGAUCACCCUCCUCUUCCAAUGGAAGCGCUGUGAGCACCCCACCUACGUCUCCAGCUCUCUCCGUAGCCGAAUUGGAGCAUCAUGGAGACCACAAGGUAUAUAUCAGUAGAGGAUACUGCCUUGUACCCACCGACGACGGAGGUUUGAAGUCCAGGAUAUACUUGCAGGGCGUUGAAGAAGCCACUCAUGGAUUGAGUGACUCUCUUCUCAGUGUUCUGGGGGUUCGUGCUGGAGAAGUCAUUGACGAUCUUUGCAAGGAGGCUUGA